GGCGUUGCACACUUUGGUGUUCAAUUAAUUUAACGUGCUUCGCUUGUAACAGUGAACAGCGAACAGCAUUCCAGCAGCAGGACAUGCGAGUACACACACACAGCAAAUGGGCUUGGCUGGCUUCACUAUAUACGAGUCCAGAUAGGAAACGGGAGGAGGCGUGGCCAAAGGGGCGUGUGUGUGAACGAGCGUAUCGCAUAUUGAAAAUUAGAAAACAAACCCAAGGCAACAGCAGCAGCUCGUGUGCGGUCAUAAUUACCAGGACAGCGCAACUACAAAAUAUAAAACAAAACCAAAAACAAAAAAUAAAAUACAGCAAAAAAAAAGAGAGCGAAGCGAAGUGAAGCGCACUAAUGGAGCGAUGAGCAAAUGAAAAAUGAAAAACGCACGACAUGCGAUAUUUUUUUCAGCUUUUUUUGACACUUUUUGGGGCAGAGGCCCGGGACAUAAUUACACAAAGCUAAAAGGCAUGUAAAUAUAGUGCUCCUAUAACAGGAGGUCAAAGCCUGACCCUGAACACUGGAAGUUUCACAUCACCCAUACGCAGUGUGUGCACGUCGACUGCUACGGCAAAAUCAUCAACAUGUGAGCUAUGUGACAGCAACGAGAAGCAGUUGAAAGUGCCGCGUGUCCUGUCGCCUCGUGAACGUCAUUCACUUACACACUCAUACUUGUAUUCAUACUCAUACUCACACACACUCACUUUUUCCACGUACAUUCAUAUUCACAUUUAUUGCGUGGCUUCGCCAACGCCAACGUCAGCGUCGACUCGUUUAAUUCACAUUUUAUUUACGCUUUUGUUGCUGCUGCUGCCGUCUGCUGUCUGCUGGUCUCGUAAUUGUUGCUUCCUUGGCCAGGACAUGGAUAUACUCGCAUAGUACGUUCGCGUUGGCGCUGCACAGCGGACGUGUUUGCGCGGCUUCCAGCUCAACACGGUUUAGUUAAGUUCGCUUGGGGUCAGCUGAGUUACAAUUGUGUGAUGCAAACGAAUGGGGCGAAUGAAAAUGUGGAGCCAACUGCCGAGUCCGCGGACUCCAUGCGCAGCACACCAGCCGCAAUGCCACGUCGUCCCAAGCCGGGCAUAUUGCGGCUGGACAUUGGCAAGCCACGGCGUUCAUCAGGUGGUUCUGUGGACUUUCGAUGCGUGAGCUCCGUGCCUGGAUGUGGAGGUGGCUCUGGCGUAGCCAGCAGUGGAAGUGGUGGCGCCAACAGUGCCACAGGCGCCAACAGUGAGGUAAGUGAGCAUGAUUUACUGGACACCAGGGAGUGCUUACGAUUUGCUCCCCACACACACACGUGCAGAGCACUGAGCACUGAGCAGCAAGCGCAGCUGCCGCAAAAAACCAAACCAAAAACCAAUAGCCAUAAACAAGCAGCACCUGGUCGAAAACCCUAA